GCGAUCUCCGGAGGAAACUGAAGGCACCAGUGGACAGUUCUAUUUAACUCUGACCGAUGCCCACACCUCGGUCCGCGCUCACUACUGGUCCAGAACAAACCCUGGUUUAAUAUCCUAUCAUCAAAAUACAAUUUUCUUCUGGAUCUAUAACCGACUACUGAUAUUUCGUCACUGUUACGGGCAUGCGUCUAUACUGGUGUGUGUGAAAGUGCAGUACACAUUCAGUCCAGGCUGGGAUGUGGGACCCCCAGCCCCAUUCUAAACAUGCCUCACCCCUCCUGGUGCCACCCCCCUCCAACUUCCACCUCGUCCAUGUGACCAGAGCCACCCCGGCCAAGUGGAUCACCUUUUACAAAAGCGGUGACAGCCAGUUCGGGGGCGUCAGGAUGGCCAUCAACAAGCGCAGAUUCAAAUGUUUUGAUGCCCUGUUGGAUGACCUUUCCCAAAAGGUGCCCUUGCCCUUUGGUGUGCGAACUGUGACCACACCCCAUGGCACCCACACCAUCAAACAGCUAGAACAGCUCCAGGACGGUGGCUGCUACCUCUGCUCUGACCGCCGCCAGGCUAAGCCAAUCAAUAUGGAGCUGGCCAGCCAACGCCCAAGCAUUUGGCACCGUCACAGCCGGAGGCCUCAACAGCCUGAAACCCCACCUGCAACACCACCUGGCUAUUUAACUUAUAGGCCGCGACGGAUUCUGCUGGUGAAGAACAGCAAUCCAGGGAUGAGGAGGAGCAUUGUGCUGAACAGGAUGACAACCAGGAGCCUAAAGGCCUUUCUGGAAAAGGUGUCCAAGGUGAUGCAGUUUCAUGUCUGCAAGAUCUACACAGCAGAGGGGCACAGGAUUGAUAGCAUGCAGCGCCUGAUGACUUGUCCUGGUGUGUUGGUGUGUGUUGGCCGGGAAGCCUUCCACCCAAUGCUGAUCAACUUUAUCAGGAAGAACUCAGAGGAAAAACUGCCUGGUCUUGGCCCCAGGACUCCUGGAAAUGGGGCCCAAUCUCCUGUUACUCAAGGAACAAGAUCCCAUCCUCAUGGAGCUCAGUCCAGAGGCAGCGAGAACAGUAACGAACAUGAAAACAAGAAAAACAUAAACUUUGGUCUGGAAACCAAAAAGAGCAUCAUCCACCCUCGCUCUGAUUCCUCAAACCGCUCUGCUCGUUUCUCUUUGUCUUCAGAGAAGUCAUACAGCAAUGGUGUUAACGUUUACUCCCAGGCCAGACCUGCAAUUACGAAUGAUGACAUUCAAAAACGUGUGCUUGUCAAUAAAGACGGCAGCCUAUCGGUAGAGAUGAGGGUGCAUUUUCGCCUCCACAAUGAAGAGACCCUAAAAUGGUCUACACAGAUUAAAAAAUCCCCAUCUCUGACCAAUGACUCCUGCCCCGUGAGCCAGGACCAGCCCCACUACCUGCAGCAAGGUCAGUCAGAGAGCUGUUCUGACCCUGAUUCCAUGUCCUUCGAACCAGAUGAUGUGGAUUAUUCCAACCAACCUCUGCAGCAUGCAGAGGAGGUGAAUCACUGCCCCUGCCGCUACCAGAGACAGGAACAACAGUAUGAUUUGUGGGAAAAUCCUGCACACAGCCACAAACAUCCUCCUGUCCCACCCCUGCAUCCACAUACAUCCAGCCACACUCACACUAUGAUAAGACAUACGAACUCCUCUAGCUCUUCUUCAUCAUGUAAUUCCAGGAGAGUCGUGCACUGCCGAGCACGGAUCUCCACCUGCAGAGGAGGCUCAGGAACAGAGCAGAGCCAACUGGUCCAGGAAGAAAUGUGUGUGACGGAGCAGGUUGAGCGUAGAGUAGAGGUGGAGCAGGAUGGAGACACCCAAGUAGAGGUGUGCAGGGUGAGCCGGUGCUGCAGUCACAGUGAAGUGGUUGCCAAAGACAGCAACCUACGACCACUCAGCAGAUCGUCGGUUGAGAAUGAGCUAAUGAUGGACGAAGAGGAGGAGCAUCCGCUGUUCGUAUUCAGCAGCUCCUCACAUACCCUACAGUCACUGAAAAAGGACCAGAAUGAUGAGGAUGAUGAUGACAUGCCAUCCAGCGCCUCACAGUGCUGUCAUAGCAAUGAACCAUCACCAUUCCUAACCUCCAAGACUCACCUGAAUGGCAAGCCAACAAGCAACGUCUCAGCAGGUUCAGUCCAUUCUACUGAACACACGAAGCACGAUGACAGGGAAGAGAGAGGAAGCAGGUCGGUAUCUGCAGCUUCUUCAUGUCACUGUGGAGCAGUCAUCCCACACUCAGCAGCUGGUGCUGACAACAUGGAUCGAGCUCCCAGGUCCAAGUCCAAAAUGAGCACAUCCUCUUGCAGCUCCAGCAAAAUCCCAAACUUAGAGGACGAGGGGCCAGCAGAUGUUGAGGAUGAGGAGGUAAAGAGGUCUGUUAGUGAUCUGUCUGGUCCCACAGAUCUUUCAGCAGGCUCUCAAAUGUCUGGAGCAUCAGGUGUGUGCCCCAAGUGUGAGGGCUGGAAACGUGAGGCCAACUCUUAUUCCAAUAGUAAAACAUCACAGAGAUCCCAUCGUUCCCACCAGGCUUUUCCAAACUCUGCCUCACCUCUCUGCAACCAAGAGGAUGCCAAUAAUGGCUCAGAUGAUGCAGCUGAGUCAAUACAUUCUAACAAGACCAAUCUCACCAACUAUGGGCAAUUCUCUGCAAUAUCAAAUGUCCCUGUGGGCAGAGGAUCUAGUGCCAUGUCCAAGAUGUUCAAUCCUGAGCCAGCAGGAAAUGAGGAAGAAAGGGCUCCUAGCGCCACCUCAGCUACAAGCCACAUCUCCAAAAGAUCACAAAAGUCUGGCUGUAAUUGUGCCACUGGAGUCACAACCAAUAAAGAGGAGGAAAGAGGCCCCAGCACCAUGUCUGCUCAGUCCAACCUGUCUGCCAAGUCCAGCAAGUCUUUCAAGUCCAACUCCAGGGGACCAGCUGAAGCUACUGAUAUCAGAAUAAGGAAGGAAGCAGAGGGAGAGAACGCUAACUCCUUGUCAGCCAAAUGUGGUGUUUCAGCAAAGACCACUGGUUCAGUCAAGUCUCACUGUUUGUUAAGUGGUGAGGUUGCCUUCCCAACUGACAGUACAGUGACAGAAGAGGGUGAUACAAACAUAAGAGCUCCCAGUAGCCUUUCUGUUAAAUCUACUGGUUCUACCCAAUCAGGCAAGGCAGCAACACCUGAUAGUGCCCUUUCAGCUGAAUCACAGGUUACAACAAAGUCCAGCACUUCUCAUAGAGUCACUUGCAGCCACUGCGCAAAAGCAAUAUCUCCAGGUGCUAAGCUAGCUGCCACCAAAGCAACAGGACAGGAAGAAGGAACAGAGGCAGAGGAGAGAGCAGUGAGUCCAGCCAAGUCCAAUCUGUCUGUCAAGUCAAACAAAUCCCAUCAGUCCAGUAGAGCUUCAAUUUCUGUGAUGUCAGAAGUUAAAGGAGAUGGUAAACAAAGGGUAGCAAGUCAACUGUCUGCCGGAUCAGUUAAUGUGUCUGUUAAGUCUUCAAAAUCAUGCAGAACCAACUGUAAUGACAAUGAAACUGCAGGAACUCCAAGCUUAAAGGUGGGAGAGAAUGCUGAGGAAAAAGACAACAAGAUGGUAGAGGUGGAAACACAACAGCAGCCAGAAAGUGUAACAUUUGCUAAAUCAGAAAGAGAGGAAAGGGCGGCCAGCUCCGGGCCCUCUAGACCUUAUAAAUCUAACAGUAAUGGCAAAUUAGAAGCAGAUUCUGAAAAAGAAGACAAUACAGGAGGAGAUUUAAAAGUUAAAGACCAGGCUGCCAGUCCUUUAUCUGGUACAUCGGCCUCCUCCACAAAGUCUUGCCAUAUAAAAACAGACAGAUUCCCCAGUGCUAUGUCAGGGAAAUUACACACUUCUUCCAAGGCCUCCAGGUCCACAGCAUCUCCGAGUCCAAGUGAAACUAAUGUUCCUUCUAUUGAAACAAAUGUAGAGGAGAAGCCAGAUGAAAUGUAUGAGCAGGUCGCCAAUGCCAUGUCUGUAAAGUCAAACUCCUCAGUGAGGUCCUGUACAUCUCAGAAGUCAAAUUCUGUCAAGACUCUCAAACCAAGUUCACCAAGUUCAAAUGUUGUUACCAUUAAAAAGGCAGAAGGGGUUGAUGGGGCAGGAAUUGAGAGAACAAAGAGAGCACCAAGCGCUGCAUCAGUUAAAUCUAAUGUUUCCAGUCAUAACAGAACAGCUAGUGUUGCUGCAGACACAGAUGAAAAGGUUGUGGAAGUCAGUGCACCAAGGAUCUGUUCCCCACAGACCCACUCACCUAAACCUCCAGCUUCAUCCUCUAGAAGUCCCCGAUCCCCUGUGCAGCAGUUGUCUGGCCCAGGCGGAGAAGCAGGAGGGCCCAGUGCCUUGUUAGUUCACACCGCAACCUCUGCUAAAUCUGGCAGGCCCAAAUGUCGCUGUAGAGCAGCUUCAGCAAUUGAAAAGGCAAAGAAAGAAAUAGAUGGAGUGGAAAGGGAGAUUGAGAAAAGGAAGGAGAAAAGUGAGGAGGCUUCUGAGCAAACCGUCCACACCAUGUCAUUCUCAUCCAUAAGACAGAGGAGAGAAUCAGGAGGCACAGAGCAACCACUGAGUCAAAACUCUUCAGGUUCAGUCUCUCUUGGCCUACCUGAAAAUCAAGACACAGCUGAUUCAGACAAGUCCAGUGUUUCUUUUCACGCAAACACUGAGAGUAAGGGCAGAGUGAAGACAUCAACACCUAAUGUCCCCAAAAGCACGAUGGAGAGAGAUGUGGAGGGAACAGGGACUCCUGUGUCUCAAAGGUCCAGCACUAAUGGCAGUAAAAGCACUUUGUCUCACAAUCCUGAAGCAGUUGACAUCCCCACUAUUGAAACUCCAGGAGGGUGUAAAGAUGAAGAUGAAGAAGGUGGAGGGCAAAAAACUGAAAGAACAGCCGGUGUGUUUUCAGGCAACAGCAGCAGGUCUCACAGGUCAUCUUGUAACUGUAGUGUCAAAGCAGCAGCUCAAAUACUUAACAGCACACCUAAAGAGGAACAUGGUAGUGCCAGCCCAGCCAAAGCAGGAAAUGACCUUGAAACAGAAAGUGUGAAGUCGGCUUCAGCAACAAAAGCUAGCAAUUUGGAUACCUGCGACAACAGGACCUCAUCUGCAAUGUCAUCAGCUAGUGCUAAGGUUCAGAGCAAAUCACCUGCAAGUGCCAAUGUAGCAAAAACAACUGCUGAAGAUUCAGCAAAUAAUGACCAUGACACAAGCAGAUCAGCUAAUAAGGCCAAAGGGAAGGGAAAUAUCAGAGACAAGACAGCCAACAUUCACUCCAAUAGUCCCUGUUGUCUCAGGCCUGAGUCUACAGCUUCAGUUCAAUCAGGGACUAAAAAGAAAGCCUCAAAGCAAAGUAAAAGGGAGACUUUAGUCAAAUCCAAUGGAGGAAGCAACAAUGGCAGUGUCAAAGAGUCAGAUUCUCAAAAGAAAGAAACACCUAUCAAACCCUUGAGCCCCUGUCCCUUAUACACCUCCAGACCGUGCAGCAGAUUGGAGACACAUAGUGAAAGCACAGUGUCUCGCUCUCUGUCUGCUGCUGACCUGCUGAAAGAAAGUAUGGCUGCUGCACAUUCACACAGCAAAACCAGUGACAAUGUCAGGAGUGAGAAAAGCACAAAGUCCCAGAGAAGCAGAACCCAGAAGGAUCAGCAGGAGGAACUGACACCUGCCUGUCUGCCCAGCACUUCCCCCACUGAGGUUGUCAGUGACUGGCUGCGGACCAUUCCCAAUAACAGCAGCAUGCUGACAACUGGCGAAGAGCUGACUGACCUGGAGCAGGAGAUGGAAGAGAAACCUGGUAAAGAGGUGGCAAAGGAGGAGGAGAGUGCUGAGGGUGAGGAGAAGAAAACUGAGGCUGAAGAGGAAGAAUGGAAAGAUGGAGCAGUUAAAUGUAAUGUAGGAGAGGAGGAGGAGAAGAGUUCAGAUCCAGUUCCAGGUGAUGCAGUUGUGGAGGAGAUGCAGACCUCUUCUCAUCCUAACACUCUGCUGUUACCCAGGAACUGGCACUCUUCUGCAGCUGUGAUGAAAGUCCUUCUGAGCUCUUCUCUGGGUCGAUGUCGCAGCAUGCCUGAGGUGUCUCCAGUUUAUGGUCGUAGACUGAGCACAUCAGCCAGGGGGCUCUUGGACUGUUUGGCACAGCUCCAGCUCAUUGAGCCUGCAGUGAGCCUUGGCUGUGACCAACAGAAGGAGCACAACCAGCAGUAUGAGGGCAUUAUGGACAUCCUUCAAUCCCUCUGGCUCACUGAACCCAGAGACACUGAGACCAAGGAGGCCAAGGACCUUGGCACAGAGCAGGUGAGUCCACCAAGGUCCUCAUCUGGGGUGGAUAUGAGUAGUGGUUCUGGUGGAUCAGGAAAGGAGAAUAGAAAUCAAGGAGGAAAUGAAACACUGCCAAAAGAAACUGAAUCUUUACUUGAGGGUGGAGGAGCAGCAAAGGUUGUAGAAGAGGAGAAUGAAGUAAAUACACAGGCAGAGGUUGGGGAAAUGGAGGUGGAACCAGAGGUGAUAUCCACAGACAGAGUAGAGGAACCGGUACAGGGAGAAGAACAAAGUACAGUCCCUCCAAAAGCCACUGAGAACCCCUUAUCAUCAGACAAGAGUUCUGCCAACAAUAGCUCUAAAUCCCCCACUGAUAAUGAACAAGAAGCAGUGGAGGACUCCAGUUCAGGCACGCCUCCGACUGUCCUGCAGGCACCCUUGUCCAGAAGACCAUCCCAAGACCCAGAUCCACUGUGGGUACUCCACCUUCUGAAGAAGCUGGAGAAGCAGUUCAUUAAACACUACACUGAUGCCAUGGCUGAGUUUAAAGUUCGCUGGGACCUGGAUGACAGCCUCAUGCUGGACAAAAUGAUAUUGGAACUGAAGGAUGAAGUGUGUAGACGCAUCCAGAGCAGCAUCUCACGUGAGAUGAAGAAGAUUCAGAGUCGUGCAGGCAGAGGAUGGAGAUCACCCCGGCCUCCACAAGGAGGGAACCUUUCCAGGGAGUCCACCAUGACAGAGAAAAGGCGUCAAAUGUUGAAGGUCAUGAAGAACCAAUCAGUGAAAACCACUGACUCCCUCAGCAAUGAAGAGAUGACGGCUGAGUUCAGCGACCAACAAAGCGACGAUAAAUACUGCCCCUGCGAUGCUUGUUUCCACAAGAAAAUGGCUGCCUGGCCUCUUAAGACUAACAUGGUAGCUGCUGACACACCAGUGAUGAUGGAGUUUGAUCUCCUUAAGAUACUUCAGAUGAAGAAAAUCCCAUCGGCUGCACCAGCAGUGGUACCCCAAUCUGUGGACAUAGAAGGUGACAGCAUGGUCGCAGACGAGGAGGGGAGGAAUUCAGAGGUACUACUGGAGGAAAAGGAAGAAGAUGAUACUAAAGAGGAUAUCAAAGCUGAUGUUGUUUUGGAAGAGACAAUCCUAGAAGAAGACAAGGAGACAAGACAAGAAGAAGAUGGAGGUGAGGCUGGAGCAGAGGAGGCAGUAGCAGCUGAAAUUGAGGGUGAUGAGGAGCUGGAAGUGAGAGAAACAGGUGGAGAGAAAGCUGGGGAAGAGGAGGGAUCAGAAAAUGGACAGGAGGAGGAAGAAGAGGUGGAGGCACAAUGUCAGUGCCAUGCUGCCAGAAAUGAGGAUGAGAGCAAUAAAGAGGGAUCAGAAAAUGGACAGGAGGAGGAGGAAGAGGUGGAGGCACAAUGUAAGUGCCAUGCUGCCAGAAAUGAGGAUAAGAGCAAUAAAAAGGUCAGGGCAGGAGUGGAAGAGUGUCACAUGUCUGAUAUUAAGUGUGAGGAAGAAGAAACAACAGGCACAGAAAGUGGAGAACAAGAGGCAUCUGUGGAGACAGAGGAUGACAGUACUGCAAAAAAUGAAGAAUUAGCAUUGCAGGAGGAAUUUGUGGAGGGAAACGCUUCAGUAGAGGCCAAGGAUAAGAAUGACUGUGAUGAUGGCACCAGAGAGGGGGAGUCACAUGAAGACGAAAAGGGAGAGAGUGAGGAAGCAGGAAGGGGUAAUGUCACCACCACAGGUUAA